GUGGGGUCCACGGGGCAUCGACCGCCUGCCUCUGGGGUCACAGCAGGAGGCUCUGCCCCUCGCUUCUGGGGUUUGGGGGUUCCCGGUUUGGGCUCCCAAAUGUCAAGGGAGGGGACAGCAUACUUCCCUUCCAGGGCUCCAGCCGGCCAGGUCUUGGCCCGAGAAGAGGGCUUCCCGCCAGCAGAUUCUCGUGCCCCUUCUGCCACGACUCCAGACGUGGGAUUUUUCAAGAAAAUCUAUCAUGCUGCCAAGGGUCUGAUGUGGAGCAGCUCGGCCACCACCACGAGCCCUGGAGCCCCGAUGAGCGCCCCCACGCACCGGCGCUCCCCAGCCGCCAGGACGCAGGAUCCCAUCCGGUUUCUGAAAGCUACCCGGCACCAAGAGGCUCUCCGAAUAAAUUACUCGCUGAGCGUCCUCAAUGAGGACCUCAGCAUCGCAACAGAACCGGAGGUGUACGAGGAAGGCUCCGUAAUCCGUGUCGAAGCGAGAGUCCGGGCAGAUCUCGUCCUGCUUCCCAAACUCUUUAUUGAUAAAUGCUACGCGACGAAUACUCCGCACCUCAGCCGCUCCGGGUGGGCCUACAUCAUUGUGGACAACCAGGGAUGCCUCUACGCCAGAGACUUGGAUGCGAGCUGGUUCCGUAAAGAAGACUCUGCAAUUGUGUUCACGCUGCGGGUGCCUCCUUUCGUGCUGGCAAGCGACACAGGGGAGAUUUAUAUUCACUGCCUUGUGACGGCUUGGAGCGACAAGCUUCCCACCACCUCCAGCAAGAAAACCUGCUCCUUUGACAGUGUCUCCUCCAGAUGGAAGAAUGUUGAUGAACCAUCCAAGACUUCUGUCUGCGAUUGCUGUGACAGCCACUGCCCCGUGGAAUUUCAUCAUUUGGCAAAAGUUAAAGCAUUUCCUGGGGAAGGAAGGUUGAGCAGUGAAGUGGUUGGUCCCCUGGCGGUACGUAAAGAGGAAGUCCCGUGGUUUGAAGGGCAGUGCCACACCAUGAAGAAGCUGCUCUUGGUGAGCGUGGCCUUCGUGAGCAGCUGCAUCUUGGCUGCCCUCUUUGUGGGCGCUCUCCUCGCGCUGGCCACGGCCACGUUCCGCUACUCUCGGACCAGCAAAGGCCACCGGCUCCUGAAAGACCGCCCCAAGCAGCCGUACCACGCGGAGCUCCAGGUGGUGGCCGAGGCCCGUGCGAUUUCCGAGGAGAUCGACAAGGAAUCCACCCUGGAUUACUGCAAGCUGAAAAGUGACACGCCUGAGAAAGAAUAACGUUGACGCUUUGGGUGAACAUAAAAUGUAGGAAUAUUUCCACAAUGUGGCUACAUAAUUGGGCUACACAACCUAACGUUCACUUUCUGUAACCUUAUCACUUCAGUAAAACUUUCCCGUCUUGUUGGGUGA